AAUAAAAUUGUCUUUUCUAUGAAAAAAAAAACUCAAGCAAAGGGAAAGAAACUGAACAGGGUGAUUCUUCUAGUGGUGGGAUUCCCUUCAACCUGACCAAUAAAAAGCAUAUAGUUUUUAUUUAUAUCCCAUAGCCAACGGUCAGUCCUUGGCAAUGGGAUGGGUUCUAGAAUUGAGAUGAAAAGCCUGAACGCUCCUCAAGACGACGACAGCUGCAGCUCCAACAGCAACGACUUUGCAUACCCUGACUUUCCCAAGAAGAUUCCUCUCAAUGGGGAAUACCCUGAUGCAGAUCCAGAGAGUCAAAGUUUCCUCUCUGAUCAUAACCCAAGCAAGAAGCAUGAACAUCAGGAGCACAUGCCGAAGGAGCACCAUGCCUCCUUCGGCAUGUCCGUCUUCAACCUGGGCAAUGCCAUCAUGGGUAGCGGCAUCCUGGGUCUGUCCUUUGCCAUGGCCAACACCGGCAUCGCCCUGUUUGUGUUUCUCCUGGUUUCCUUUGCUAUUUUCUCCUUGUAUUCUGUCCACUUGUUGCUGAAGACAGCCGAUGAAGCAGGUGCUCUUGUUUACGAGUCACUGGGUUACAAGGCCUUUGGGAUCCCAGGCAAACUGGCUGCUUCCUGCUCCAUCACCAUGCAGAACAUUGGAGCCAUGUCAAGCUACCUCUACAUUAUCAAAUAUGAACUCCCCAUUGUCAUUCAGUCCUUUACUGGAGCAAAUGAUGGUGAAUGGUACAUCAAUGGAGAUUACCUCGUGAUUCUGGUCUCGAUUAUUGUCAUCCUACCUCUCUCAUUACUCAGGAACUUAGGUUACCUUAGUUACACCAGUGGUCUCUCUCUGCUCUGCAUGGUGUUCUUUCUGAUUGUGGUGAUCAUAAAGAAGUUCCAGAUCCCAUGCCCUCUGCCUCUUCCUGACACUGGAAAUGAAACCAUGCAUAUGUUCAACAUCACCCCCCACAGCGACAACGUCACUAUAGAUGAUGACACUUGCAAGCCUAAAUACUUUGUCUUUAACUCACAGACUGCCUAUGCUAUACCCAUCCUCACUUUUGCCUUCAUGUGCCAUCCUACUAUCCUACCCAUGUAUGAGGAGCUCAAAGACCGCUCACGCCGAAAGAUGCAGAAUGUGGCCAACGUUUCCUUCCUGGCCAUGUUCAUCAUGUACCUGCUGGCCGCCCUCUUUGGAUACCUCACCUUCAACAUCCAUGUGGGACCUGAGCUGCUCCACACCUACUCAAACUACUACAAGUACGAUAUUCUCCUGCUGGUUGUUCGCCUGGCUGUGCUGGCCGCUGUCACACUCNGUGUUUACAGGUUUCUCCUGGUUUCCUUUGCUAUUUUCUCCUUGUAUUCUGUCCACUUGUUGCUGAAGACAGCCGAUGAAGCAGGUGCUCUUGUUUACGAGUCACUGGGUUACAAGGCCUUUGGGAUCCCAGGCAAACUGGCUGCUUCCUGCUCCAUCACCAUGCAGAACAUUGGAGCCAUGUCAAGCUACCUCUACAUUAUCAAAUAUGAACUCCCCAUUGUCAUUCAGUCCUUUACUGAAGCAAGUUAUGGGUAAGUAGUUAAAUAUUUGGUCAUUU